AUGGGUCCCGGCAAUGUUAAUCACGGCGCAUGUUAGUUGUCUCCACAAUCAUUACAUCUCUACACUAAAGCAGUCCAAAAUACAAAAAGCCCCAUGCAUUAAAAACCUUUCACUGCACCCUCUACUAACCUACGCACCCUCUACUAUCCUACACACCCUCGCCUGUGUGCUUGUACUCUUCCCACUCCAUUACUGACUACUGACAUUAAUGGAUCUGUAAAAAGCUCUUCAGCUCUAUACAUCCUGUAUAUCUCUAUAGCUGCUUCACCUAUAUGAUUAAUUUGAAUACAUAAUGAUUAUUAUAUGCAAAAAUUGAUAUAUACAUUAAUUAAUAUUAAAAAAAAGAGUAUAUUUGCUGUUACAUAUCGGUUUUCGAUCUUAUGUCAUAUCAGAACUGUUCCGGUUGUAUCGCCGAUUCGAUCUCCGAUCGGUUGCUCUGCGUUGUAUUUUCAGAGAAGGAGGAGAAUCAGAUCAGCGGUUGUUGUUCUCUGUGUCGUCGAUUUUGUAGAGAUCAUCGUUUUUUUCCUUCUGCAUUGAUGGAUUUGCGUUGUUUGAGAUGAGUUGAGAUUCUCUUUUUUUUCCCUUGAGUUUCUUCGUUUGGUUGAGAUGAAUCCACUGUGUUGCAUUGCACCGGUGUCGAUCGACCGUGAUAAAGGCAAUCCGGCGGUGGUAAAGUCACAAGCCGUGACUCAAAGUCAGUUAGGGUUUGAUAACAAUGUGGCUGUGAAACCGGUGAGUUUCAGCUCGAGACAGAGUUUUACAAAUGCACAGGUGAAUACGGAUUCGGAUUCGGGUUUGGUCCAUGGAAAUGAAGAAAAUGGGAAUGAUUCGAAAGAAUUUAAAGGAAGUGUCAGUGUAGCUGGAGUGUUGUAUAAAUGGGUGAACUAUGGAAAAGGAUGGCGUGCGAGAUGGUUUGUGCUUGAAGAUGGGGUGUUGUCAUAUUAUAAGGUUCAUGGACCGGAUAAAAUUGCUAUGAGUCCAGGGAAAGAAAAGGGGUUAAAGGUUAUCGGGGAUGAAUCUUGGAGGUAUAUGAGGAAGGCUAAUGUGAACAACAAUCGACUGAAUGGAUCUAACAAGUGGAAGGCAUUUGGGAAAAUACAUUUAAAGGUCUCCUCAGUUCGGGCAAGCAAGUCAGAUGACAAAAGGCUUUCUAUAUUCACGGGAACAAAGACUCUCCAUUUGCGAUGUCAAUCAAGAGAGGAUAGGACCACAUGGAUUGAGGCUCUUGGGGUUGCUAAAGAUCAGUUCCCCAGAUUGUUGUCAAGUGGUGAUUUUGCAUCUUCAGAAGAUUUUAUUGUUUCAACAGAGAAGCUGCGAUCAAGAUUGGUGCAAGAAGGGAUUGGUGAGGCAGUGAUAAAAGAUUGUGAGUCUAUCAUGCUACAUGAGGUUGCUGAGCUACAAAAUCAGAUGAAGGGUCUUCAACUUAAGCAGAUCAUGCUUCUGGACACUCUAAGACAGUUGGAGACAGAUAAAAUUGAGCUGGAAACAACUGUUGUGGAUGAAACAAAAGAACGAGAUUCAUGUUGUGGACAAGGUCGAAGAUUUAGUGAUUUUUAUUCCAUUAUGUCUGAAGGUAGUGCUAGUGACUCUGACAAUGAAAGCCGAUAUGGAGGAGAUGCUGAAACAGAUGAAGAAGAUGGUGCAUUUUUUGAUACUAAUGAUUUUCUGUCUGCUGAAUCUCUUAGAAGUGCUUCAUAUCGCAGUAGAGAGGGUACUGGAAAUGCUUGUAGCUCAUUAACCUCUGAGAAUGAGACCUUUACUGGAUGUACAAGUGAAUUGGAGAUGGAAGUAAAGACAGUCAGUUAUCCCUAUAUCAAAAGAAGGGAUAGUCUGCCAGAACCAAAGGAAAAAGAGAAGCCAGUUGGUUUGUGGUCAAUAAUCAAGGAUAAUAUUGGGAAAGACCUGUCUGGUGUGUGUCUUCCUGUGUACUUCAAUGAGCCACUAUCUUCACUGCAGAAAUGCUUUGAAGAUUUGGAGUACUCACACCUGGUUGAUCAGGCACUGGAGUGGGGAAAGCAGGGAAAUGAUCUGAUGAGAAUUCUUAAGAUUGCAGCUUUUGCUGUAUCUGGUUAUGCAUCGACUCAGGGCAGGCAAUGCAAACCUUUUAAUCCUCUCCUUGGUGAAACCUACGAGGCAGAUUAUCCUGACAAGGGUCUACACUUCUUUUCUGAAAAAGUUAGUCAUCACCCCAUGGUUGUUGCCUGCCACUGUGAGGGCAAAGGGUGGAAAUUCUGGGCAGAUUCUAAUCUCAAAGGGAAGUUUUGGGGACGUUCAAUUCAGCUUGAUCCUGUGGGGGUUCUAACCCUGCAAUUUGAAGAUGGUGAGACAUUUCAAUGGAGCAAGGUUACUACUUCUAUUUACAACAUAAUAAUUGGUAAAAUCUAUUGUGACCAUUAUGGCGCUAUGCGGAUCAAAGGCAGUGGUAAAUAUUCUUGCAAGCUCAAAUUCAAGGAGCAGUCUAUUAUUGAUCGAAAUCCUCAUCAGGUUCAUGGAUUUGUGCAAGACAACAGGACAGGAGAAAAAGUGGCCAUGUUAUUGGGGAAGUGGGAUGAAGCAAUGUAUUAUGUGUUGGGAGAUCCAACUACAAAGCCAAAGGGUUAUGAUCCCAUGACUGAAGCCAUAUUGUUGUGGGAGAGGGACAAAUCUACUCCCAAAACAAGAUACAACCUCACACCUUUUGCAAUAUCUUUAAAUGAAUUGACACCUGGCUUAAGAGAGAAGCUUCCACCAACUGACUCAAGGCUGAGGCCUGAUCAGCGCCACUUAGAGAAUGGGGAGUAUGAGCUGGCUAAUGCAGAGAAGCUUAGACUUGAACAGUUGCAGAGACAGGCAAGGAAACUACAGGAGAGGGGUUGGAGACCAAGAUGGUUUUGCAAGGAUGAGGAUGGUUGUUAUCGCUAUGUGGGUGGAUAUUGGGAAACAAAGGAAAAACACAACUGGGAGGGUAUCUCUGAUAUAUUUGGGCACACAAGUGAUCCUUCUCCAGUAAUCGAAGAGUAAUAAUUGCCUGUUAAGCCUGGUCUUCAUUUCUUAUUGAGGUAUAUGUUACAUGGAUUUUCUAGCUCAAUUAGGUUUCUGAGUUUUGACAUUUCCUUUCACGAUGAUACUGUCCAUUUUAAUGUGUAUAAUAGUUCUCUCGAUGGUGCUUGGUCUCAUAUCAGUUCAGCUAGACAUUUUAUUAAAGGAAAGUUUGGGAAUCAUUAAACUGGGACUUGGAACUAUUCUUAAUUGUGACGGUUCAAAGUAAUUGUUUUUCCCAAAAAAUGAAGGAAGUUAUAUCUA